UUCGCCAUUCAUUACUGCGUUUUAGUUUAGAACAUUAUGCGACCAAAAUCAUGCCUCAAAAUAAAAAAAAAAACAGCGAACCGUAGCAAUUAUUAUUUAUCUAUUGCUAUUUCAUACAUUUCCCUAUUUAUUGCUAUUCCAGGAAAUUGCAAAUGUCAGUCUUUAAUUUAUUACCUUUCUGUUUCCUGUGAGAACACACGCUGUAAUGUAUGUAUGUAUCCGGACUCGAACCUCGAACUCUUGAAUUAUCAAGCAUCAUUCUUUCCACUCCUCCAUGGUCUCGUUGUCCGAAAUCCAUAUCUUUUGGUAAUAACUUUCUAAUUUCAUCGCAUAAAUGACUACGAGACAUCGUAAAGCAAGAAUCUAAUUGGAUUUCGCAGUGCGAGUUAGUUUGUAACUUUCUGCGGGAAUACUCAUUGUUUACAUUCAUAUUGAACUGUCAUGGUCGUUCGAAGAAAAAACGGUGUCGAUGUUUGAAUAAAAUAAGUGAAUUUACUGCUAUCAACAACAAUUAAAGGUGAGUUUCCAACAAAGAUAUGAUGUUAAAUAGUAUGAUUGAUCCGAGUUGUUCGCAGAUGUUUGCUGUGGCUCAAUUUUUCGAGAAGCAGCAGCUGCGUGUACUGGCUGUUCCAGUUUCGUGGAUGCACGACGGCUAUCUGAUGUGGCCUAAGCUUCCCUCCAACGACAAGCUGGAGAAGCUGCGUACUGGUGGAAUUGAAUUUCAUGGUUCCACAAAAAAGAUUCCUGCCAUUAUGGGUCGUAAAUAUAAAAGCUUACAAGCCGCGGAAGCUGCUGCUGAAGACCUACUUAAGCAGGAAGUAUCGGACAUCGAAGCUAAGCGGAAGUUACUGAAGCACCGGAGAAAUCAGAAGAUUGAAUCACGCCCUCCUAAAGAUUAUAACAAAAUGAUCCAGUUGCAAACACUAUCGCAUCAGGGACAGAUUCCUGGAACUGAAAAAAACGAACCACCUCGUCAUUUACUGCAAACGAAGGAUUUCGAUACUCGGCCAAUGGGAUUGGCCAAACCUACCAUAUCAAUCCAAACUGAGCAAUCAUUGGAUCCAGGUGGUCCUGGUACCUGUAGCAUUAUUAUGCCACAACAAUCACAACCCCAUUUGAAUUCACAAAACAAGGAAGGAAAUGCCAAUUCUAAAGAUGUGACUUCGGCCGCUCUAUUAGAGCUUUCAGAUGAUCAACCGGCAUUUCAGUCUAUAUUUCUGACUGAUGAGAACAUCAUUUACAUCAACCCACCGUCAAACAGUUCUGGAGCCGCAGGAGAACUAGGCAACCCUGUAGAUUCGUUAGGCGAAAUAACAAGCGUUGUGACAUCGUUGAAGUCCAACAUAACAGAGCUGGGCUCUGCAGUAACCACAUCGAGGACUGAAGUGACGGAUAUGAGGAACGAAAUGAUUCAAAUGAAGCUAGAUAUUAUCGAGGGCAUUAAAACAUCGAUUCGACAAGUGGUUGAAGAUUGUUUGGACAAAAGCUUCCCGCGUUUUGCUACAAUGCUCCAUAUGGAUUGUAGAGAUGAAUCUAAGCCACAAGCAGGAAAUUCAAUUGAAGAACAUAGACACAUAAACGACAAGGACGACUUAAUCAACUUCAAUAAAAUGUUGGCCAACAAACAUGUAUUUGAGGAAUACAUCAAAUAUUUCACAAAAAUUAUUCCCCCUACUAGUUACUACGCAAAAGGUGAUUCUGCAUGCUAUAUAAUUGUGGACUGUCUUUUCACACGACCGUUUUGGAAUAAUUUUACUUGGACCGGAAUCAACCGAGGAAAUAAGUCAAAAAGAGGUUUUCGCGAAUUUGCCAAUGUUCUACAACUUCUCUUCGCAAUAGUAAGCAUCGGUGACCCAACGUAUACGAGAAUUAAAUUGGAAUCAUUUUGCAAGAAUCGACUUUUCCGCUACUCGAAAGCAAGGUCUUCUAGUAAGCAGUUGCGCAGAUCCACGUGUCGCCGCACACGAGUGAAAGGCGAUGAGGCAGUUGUACCAGUUGAUGGUCUGGUUGAUGACGACAAUCGUAGUGGAGCGUAUCAUUCUAACCAAGAGUCAAUUGAUGCUGCUGUAGUUGACGAUGUCGAGGAUGGUGAUGGACUGAUUAAUAAUAUUACAGCUGAUUCAACUGACCACGAAGAGUCAGAUGAAGAUUCGCAUAUGGAUAUUGACAUGGCAUCUCGUGUCGAAGUUUUGAUCAAUUAA